GGGGCUGUGUGCAGGGCCAGCACGGAGCCGGAGGAACCGCGGUGAAGCUCCUGGGCUCCGCCGAGACCUCCGUGCCCGCUCCUCGCCUUGGCCGCCGCCGUUUCAAGCCGUCGCGGUCGUCGCCGCCGCUGCCGCCGGAGGAGCGGCCGCCUAUUGUCUUUCUCCGCGGCGAAGGUGCGGAGCUGCUCUGACUCGGCCCGCGGGGGAGCCCCGGGCGCCUCACGUGUCCUGGGUCAUGAAACUUAAUCCACAACAAGCUCCGUUAUAUGGUGACUGUGUUGUCACUGUGCUGCUCGCUGAAGAGGACAAAGUUGAGGAUGAUGUAGUCUUUUACUUGGUAUUUUCGGGUUCCACCCUCCAUCACUGUACAAGUACGCGGAAGGUCAGUUCUGAUACCCUGGAGACCAUUGCUCCUGGUCAUGACUGCUGCGAGACAGUGAAGGUGCUGCUCUGUGCUUCCAAAGAGGGCCUUCCCGUGUUUGUGGUGGCCGAAGAAGACUUUCAGUUCAUCCAGGACGAGGCCUACGAUGCAGCCCAAUUCCUGGCAACUAGUGCUGGAAAUCAGCAGGCUCUGAACUUCACCCGCUUUCUUGAUCGGUCAGGACCGCCGUCUACUGAUGUGAAUUCCCUUGAUGAGAAGGUGGCCCUGGCAUUCAGGCACCUGAAGCUGCCGGCGGAGUGGAAUGUGUUGGGGACAGAUCCGACGUCACAUGAUGGCGGCCCCAGGGAAACAUUGAUGCACUUUGCUGUGCGGCUGGGACUGCUGCGGUUGACAUGGUUCCUGUUGCAGAAGCCAGGUGGCCGCGGAGCUCUGAGCAUCCACAACCAGGAAGGAGCGACACCUGUGAGCUUGGCCUUGGAGCGAGGUUAUCACAAGCUGCACCAGCUUCUAACCGAGGAGAAUGCUGGAGAACCAGACUCCUGGAGCAGUUUAUCGUAUGAAAUCCCUUACGGAGACUGUUUUGUGAGACAUCACCGAGAGCUGGACAUCUAUACGUUAACCUCCGAGUCCGACUCACACCAGGAGCCCCGACCUCCUGGAGACAGUUGCACUGGACAUAUUUUUAAACUUAUGAACAUCCAACAGCAGCUAAUGAAAACAAACCUCAAGCAGAUGGACAAUCUUAUGCCCUCAGUGUUGGCAGCACGAGAACCUUCCAGUCUGCCCAGCCUCCAUGAUGCAGAUGGUCGGUUUCCUCCCUGUGCAUCAGAGCCCACAGUCAGCCAGCAGUUUGCUUCUCCUCCUGAAGAUGCUGAGAGCUCUCAGUGCUGCCAUGGGAGCACUGUGGGGCAGGCUGAAAGUUCCUAUGACAUGUCAAGUGUGGUUAAGGAAGAGAAUACAGACUGUUCCUGUGGGAAGGAAAAUACAGACCUGGAGAAGGACGGAGAGGUGGAGCCAGCACCUACUGUGGACUCUGAGGCUCUGUCUCAUCCUGACGGCUGCCCUCAGAGCACACCUGAUUGCAGAGGAAAGGGCACAGAAGGCCUUCCGUCCUGUGGAAUCACAAAUGAAGAAACUGGAACAAAAUCUGCUGCUGCAGCCACAGACCAGGAGUCUCUGGGCAGUGGAGGCAGUGUCCUGCAGGGAGGUGUGGUCAUGGAGCCCGGCACUGCCCAGCCUCCCGCUGAAGGCGGACUGGUGGUCGGUUCCACAGGUGCCAGUGUCUCGGAGGUUGUAGGGGAAACGGAGGGUGGUCUCAUGAACCCAGACACCACCAUCCAGAGGAACAGGCUUGAAGUAGGGGAGAGUACCAAGGAGAGAUUUGAGGAUUCCAGUGUCUGCACAGCUGGAGUCUCUGACAUAAAAGUCACAGACGAGCCUGUGGAUAAAGCCAGUGUUCCAGACGACGCCUCUGCCACUGGCUCCCUGGAUACUGACAAGCCUGCAGAGUCUUUACUUGCAGUCAGUCACGGAGAAGCCCCCACUGAAAAAACUGCAGAAACGGAAACUUGUAGAUGUAGUGAAGAGACCGCUGAUGCUCCCAGAGCCGAGAACUCUCAGGUAGUUCCAACUGCUGCAGAAGACAGGAAUUCAGAAGGGUUAGAACCUGACACUCCCUUAGCGAGUGUGUGUGUGGCGGUGUCACCCUCUGAUCUAACCCUUCCCAGGCCACAGACAGAUGUUACGCCAAAUCAGACAUCAGAAACGGCUUCAUCUCAUGUUCAAAGCCAAAACAGCAAACCACCCAUCUGUUCGACAACUGGAGAUGAUCAACUUUGUGCUGCCUCUGCCUGUCAGCAGAACACGGUGACUUCUAGUGGAGUGUUGGCUGCAAAACCCAGUGAUGACAUAGUGACCCAGCCUGAAAGUAGCACCACAGGACUAUUCACCACACAACACCCGCCCACUGUCAUCUGCCCGGAAGGCCCACAGACUGACACAGCCCCCCCUGACCCGACUAGAGAGACCCAGGAACAUGUGGCUUUUUGUCCUCUCAAAGUUGCAGAUACAGAAAGCCAAGGAAAAGAUGUGAAACUAGAAUCAUCUCUAAUAGACAUGCUUGAGGGGCUUCCACAUCCGCAUGCAGUUGUCCCCGGAGCUGAGAGAGAACGGGUAUCAGACCAGGCAGUAACAUCAGGCAGGACUUUCUCUCUGGCAAGCAGUCCCAGCAGUGAAUCAGUAACCAAAGAUGACGCACUUUCUCUUGUCCCCUCCCAGAAUGAAAAGGGAACAGCAACUCUUGAACCAUACACAGACUGUAGAGAUGGCCCAGACGGACAUUCGAAUGAUCCAGAGAAGCAGCCACGAGAAGACGGUGCAGCGGACCUGUGCGCACUCUCUUCUGCUCUAGGUCUUCAGCCCGGCAUGGGGAACACCAGCCCCGGAGGACUUGGUGGGAAGCAUGAGAGUCCCUGCCUCCCAGCUUCCCCUGAAGUCCUGGAAAUUGAAGGAGGCACUGACUCUUCCCUGCUACAUGUGGGUGAGGCCACUUUGGCUUCUGAUUCUGUUUUGAUUGAAGAAGAAAACCAGGUGGUUCCAGAAAGCCCUGCAGCUCAGGGCCCAGAUGACAAGGAUAAAGCAGUGAGCUGUUCCUCCAUCAGGGAAGAUACUCUUUGUUCAGGAACGUUGCAGGAAGAGCAGAGAACACCACCUCCUGGACAAGAGCCCCCAGGAUUUGGUGAAGAACCUAGCUCAGCUGUCUGUGCUGAGGACAGAGUGCUUCGGCACGGUAAUUCACUGGGCACACCCUUGGCCUGUCUUAACGCAGAAACUAAACAUAACAAGGAAGUGGCCCCACCAGUCUCACUGCUGACUGAAGGUGGGGCUGCACAGAGCCUGGUGCCACCAGGAGCAAGUCCAGCUGCAGACGCAAGCCAGGAAGCCUUGGGUGCAGAGCAGAGCAGCUCACCACCGUUACCAGAUGGGUCUGAGGCUCUUAACUGCAGUCAACCUUCUGCUCUGGAUGUUGGAGUGGAAAACACUCAGUCCCAGGGCAAGACCCCUGCUUGUGAGGUGAGUGGAAAUGUGGUAUUGGAUGGUGCCGUGGUCCAGGGCACGGUUGGAGCCGGAAGAGAGGAUAUAUCACACAACACCCAUGACGUCCCGAUUCCACAGGUGUCGCUGGGCCAGGAGAAGAGUAUGAUCCUGGGAGCUUUACCAGAUGAAGCUGUGACUGACCUCCAGGGCGCCGCAACCCCAGAGGUGGCGUCUCUUGGUCAGCAGGAGGGGAAGCUGGCGGGAGUGGACAGCAACUGCAGCGUGGGUGACUCCAAGGGGGCACAGAUGAGAGAGGAGGCACACCCUGUCCCGCUGCAGCCCAGUGCGGCAGACCUCCCCACAGAGCCCCAGCUCUCGGGCUGUGGUGACGAGGUCCCAGGCAGGGAGAGAGGCGCUGCCCCACUGCCCUGCACUCUCUCUGCCAAAGCUGCGCAUCUGCCUGAGAGAGCAGACUCGAUCGAGGCAGCUGCGAGUCGCAUAGUGGAUGCUGUCAUAGCACGAGUCAAGGCCUCGGGAGCGCUGAUGACGGAGGGGAAAGUCAGUCACAUGUCGCUGCCCAGUCCUUCCGAGUCGGGCCCAGUGACUGAACAGCUAGAAGGUGCUGCUGCGAGGAAGGCGAGUGCUUUCCAGCCUGUGGGGACCCCACACAUGGGCACUAUUCGUGGAGAAGCCUCUGGGAGCCUUGCAGGAUGCUUUGCUGGAAGGGAGGAGCCAGAGGAGAGUAUUGUGCCUGUCCAGGGACCUCCACCGGCAACAGAAAUGCCAGGCACGAAAGCUGGAGAUGAAGUGGAUUCUGUGAGUGACGCCAGGGAGAGCUCAGUCUCUGAAGAGGUGGGUGCAGGGGACGUAACGUCUACACCUGAGGUGACACCAGGCCCGAAGACCCAGGUGAUAAACCGAGAAAGCUGGUGUACCAUUGAGCCGUGCCCUGAUGCAGCAUCUCUUUUGGCUCCCACGCAGAGCCCAGACUGUGAAAGCUUCCUGGAUGUUGGACUGGGCAGAGAGUGUGCCUCAAAACAAGGUGUACUUAAAAGAGAAUCUGGGAGUGAGUCUGACCUCUUUCACUCACCCGGUGAAGAAGUGGACAGCCUUAUCUUCUCCAAGCCCGAAGAAGAGCAGCUGGCCUGCGAUACCACUGGAUGCAGUUCCUCCACUGAUGACACAGCUUCCUUGGAUCGACAUUCUUCUCAUGGCAGUGAUGUAUCCCUCCCCCAGAUUUCAAAUUUGAACAGGUCCAGAGACCAGCAGUGUCUGGAUGGCUUCUACAGCCACGGGGUGGGAGCCGAGGGUCGGGAGAGUGAGAGUGAGCCUGCUGGCUCAGGUGAAAUGGAAGAGGAGGAGAUGGACAGCAUCACCGAAGUGCCUGCCAACUGCUCUGUCCUGAGGAGCUCUAUGCGCUCCCUGUCCCCUUUCCGGAGGCACAGCUGGGGUCCUGGGAAGAAUGCAGCCAGUGAUGCUGAAAUGAACCACCGGAGUUCAAUGCGAGUUCUUGGGGAUGUCAGGAGGCCUCCCAUUCAUAGGAGAAGUAUGAGCUGGUGUCCCUCUGGUGUGCAAUACUCUGCUGCCCUGAGUGCUGACUUUAAUUACAGAAGUUUCAGCCUAGAAGGCUUGACAGGAGGAGCUGGUGUUGGAAACAAGCCAUCUUCAUCUCUAGAAGUAAACUCUUCAAACACCAAAGAGCUCAGGCACCCUUUUAGUGGUGAGGAGAGGGGUGACUCUUUGAUGUCACUUUCAGAAGAAGAUCUGGAAUCAAGCCAGAGAGAACGUAGAAUGUUUGAUCAGCAGACAUGCCACAGAUCUAAACAACAGAGGUUUAAUUACUGUACAUCAGCCAUUUCUUCUCCACUGACAAAAUCCAUCUCAUUAAUGACCAUCAGCCAUCCUGGGUUGGACAAUUCACGACCCUUCCACAACACGAGUGCUAAUCUGACUGGAAGUAUUACAGAAGAGAACUUUAAUUUCCCGCCACAAAGCCCUUCCAAGAAAGAUUUUGAACUGAAGAGUGGAACGAAAGUCAGUCGUACAUUCAGCUACAUCAAGAACAAGAUGUCCAGCAGCAAGAAGAGCAGAGAAAAGGAAAAGGAGAAAGAUAAAAUUAAGGAGAAGGAGAAAGAUUCUAAAGAGAAGGAAAAGGACAAGAAGACUGUCAAUGGGCACGCUUUCAGUUCCAUCCCUGUGGUGGGUCCCAUCGGCUGCAGCCAGUGCACGAAGCCCUUCACCAACAAAGACGCCUACACUUGUGCAAAUUGCAGUGCUCUGGUCCACAAAGGCUGUAGAGAAAGUCUGGCCUCCUGUGCAAAGGUCAAAAUGAAGCAGCCCAAAGGGAGCCUUCAGGCACAUGACACUUCAUCACUUCCCACGGUCAUUAUGAGAAACAAGUCCUCCCAGCCCAAGGAGCGUCCUCGGUCUGCAGUCCUCCUGGCUGAUGAGACCUCUGCCGCCCCCAUGUUUGCUAAUCGACGGUCCCAGCAGAGUGUCUCGCUCUCCAAAAGCGUCUCCAUACAGAACAUUGCUGGAGUUGGCAAUGAUGAGAACAUAUCAAACACCUGGAAAUUCCUGUCUCAUUCAACGGACUCACUAAAUAAAAUCAGCAAGGUCAAUGAGUCAACAGAGUCCCUCACUGAUGAAGGAGUAGGUACAGACAUGAAUGAAGGACAGCUAAUGGGAGACUUGGAGAUUGAGUCCAAACAGCUGGAGGCAGAGUCCUGGAGUCAAAUAGUGGACAGCAAGUUUCUGAAACAGCAAAAGAAAGACGUGGUCAAACGGCAAGAAGUGAUUUAUGAGCUGAUGCAGACGGAGUUCCACCACCUCCGCACACUCAAGAUCAUGAGUGACGUGUACAGCCGGGGCAUGAUGACGGACCUGCUCUUUGAGCAGCAGAUGGUGGAGAAGCUGUUCCCCUGCUUGGACGAGCUGAUCAGUAUCCACAGCCAGUUCUUUCAGAGGAUCCUGGAGCGGAAGAAGGACUCUCUGGUGGACAAAAGCGAAAAGAACUUUCUCAUCAAGAGGAUUGGAGAUGUGCUUGUGCAUCAGUUUUCAGGUGAAAAUGCAGAACGGUUAAAGAAGACGUACGGCAAGUUCUGCGGGCAACACAACCAGUCUGUCAACUACUUCAAAGACCUUUACACCAAGGAUAAGCGUUUUCAGGCCUUCAUGAAGAAGAAGAUGAGCAGUUCCAUCGUCCGGAGGCUUGGAGUCCCCGAGUGCAUAUUGCUUGUAACCCAGCGGAUCACCAAAUACCCAGUUUUGUUCCAAAGGAUAUUGCAGUGUACCAAAGACAGCACAGUGGAGCAGGAAGACCUGGCUCAGUGCCUGGGCCUGGUGAAGGACGUGAUUGGCGCUGUGAACAGCAAAGUGGCAAGUUACGAGAAGAAAGUCCGUCUCAGUGAGAUCUACACAAAGACAGACAGCAAGUCGAUCAUGAGGAUGAAGAGCGGUCAGAUGUUCGCCAAGGAGGAUCUGAAGCGGAAGAAGCUUGUGCGGGAUGGAAGCGUGUCUCUGAAGAGCACCACGGGGAGGUUGAAAGAGGUUCAAGCGGUCCUGCUCACUGACAUUUUAGUUUUCCUUCAAGAAAAAGACCAGAAAUACGUCUUUGCAUCAUUGGACCAGAAAUCGACAGUGAUCUCUUUAAAGAAGCUGAUUGUAAGAGAAGUGGCUCAUGAGGAGAAAGGUUUAUUCCUGAUCAGUAUGGGGACAAAAGAUCCGGAGAUGGUGGAAGUCCAUGCCAGCUCCAAAGAGGAGCGGAACAGCUGGAUCCAGAUCAUCCAGGACACGAUCAACACCCUGAACAGAGACGAAGAUGAGGGAAUUCCCAGUGAGAAUGAGGAAGAAAAGAAAAUGCUGGACACCAGAGCCCGGGAGCUGAAAGAACAACUUCAACAAAAGGACCAGCAGAUCCUGCUCCUCCUGGAAGAGAAAGAGAUGAUUUUCCGGGACAUGACUGAGUGCAGCAGCCCUAUGCCAGAGGAUGGCUCCCCAACUCACAGCUCUAGAAUCCUCUUCCGCUCCAACACAGAGGAGGCUCUCAAAGGAGGACCUUUAAUGAAAAGUGCAAUAAAUGAGGUACACCAGAUUCUUUUAAAUGUGUUAAACAUCUUGAAAGAAAACAUACAGAGAUCAUCGCAGCUAGCAAAAGUGGAGAUCCUUCAGGGUUUGGUGAGUGGAAGCCUGGGAGGCACACUUGGGCAGGCUGUCAGCAGCCCUGUUGAGCAAGAAGGCGUGGUCGGCCCUGUUUCCUUGCCCCGGAGAGCAGAGACCUUUGGAGGAUUUGACAGCCAUCAAAUGAAUGCUUCCAAAGGAAGUGAGAAGGAAGAGGGCGACGACGGCCAAGACCUUAGGAGGACAGAAUCGGACAGUGGCCUGAAAAAGGGUGGAAAUGGUAACCUGGUAUUUAUGCUUAAAAGAAACAGUGAGCAGGUCAUCCAGAGCGUCGUCCAUCUCCACGAGCUCCUCAGCACUUUGCAGGGGGUGGUGCUGCAGCAGGACAGCUACAUCGAGGACCAGAAGCUGCUGCUGACGGAGAGGGCGCUGACGCGGACGGCCUCCCGGCCCAGCUCCCUCAUCGAGCAGGAGAAGCAGCGCAGCCUGGAGAAGCAGCGCCAGGACCUGGCCAACCUGCAGAGGCAGCAGGCGCAGCACCUGGAGGAGAAGCGACGGCGCGAGCGCGACUGGGAGGCCCGCGAGCGGGCGCUGCAGGAGCGCGAGGCGCGGCUGGCGCUGCGCGAGGACGAGCUGUGGCGCAGCCGUCAGGACCUGGACCGCGACAGCGAAGAGCUCCAGCAGAAGAAGACCGCCUACCAGAGCGACCUGGAGCGGCUGCGCGCCGCCCAGAGGCUGCUGGAGCGGGAGCAGGAGCAGCUGAAGCGGGACGCCGAGCGGCUCAGCCAGAGGGACGUGUGCCAGGUUUCCCAUCAACACACCAAGCUGCUGAGAAUCCCAUCUUUCUUACCAAGUCCCGAGGAGACCCCCUUGCCAUCUGCACCCUCGAUACCCAAAUCAGGGUCCUUUGACUCAGAACUCUCAGUGUCCCCAAAAAGGAACAGCAUCUCUCGGACACACAAAGAAAAGGGGCCUUUUCACAUACUGAGUUCUACUGGCCAGACAAACAAAGUACCAGAGGGUCAGAGCCAGACCGCAGCAUCCACCUCCACCUCCAUGUCCACCUCCACCCGCCUGUUUGGGUUAGCUAAGCCAAAGGAAAAGAAGGAGAAAAAAAAGAAGAACAAAGGAGGCCGCUCCCAGCCUGGUGAUGGCCCUGCAUCGGAAGUACCCACAGAGGGAGAAGAGAUCUUCUGCUGACCGCGCUCCUCUGCUGAGGCAGCUGCCUCCUGUCCCGGCCAACGGUGACAGCCCCACCUCCUGCUGUUCUGUGUGCACACUCCUAUCCUGAUGCCCGGCUCUGCCCUAGGUCCCAUACCAGAAGAACAAAUGGUCUUGGAGGUCAGAGUGGGGAAGGAGGCCAGGAUUGGUGACCCCACAACUCACAGGUUGGGGCUGGCCCUACUGAGGAUGUUACCCCAAGAGUAGUGGCCUCAGAAGCCCAGGCGAUGGUUUUGGACAUGUCAGGAAUUCCUAGAGGCUGAAAGAGUGUUUCCAGAUGAGGUCUGAGACUGACUGCCUUUUAUUUUGGGGAACAGAACCAAAAAUCAAAGAGCAGAUAGUUUGGACCUGAUCUGUACAGGUACAGUACCCAUCUGCGUGCACACAGGGAGAUGCCAGAUGGUGCAUGGCCUGCACCAGACGCCUAGUUGGCUGGCUCAGCUCAGCUCUGUGCAGGGGGCGCUACCUGGCUCUGCUCAGGUAGUGUGCUCGGGGUCCCCCCAGCCCGGCUCCCUGAAAGCCCACCCAUGCACACCUCACCCCUUUGUGCGUGUAUGUCUUCUUUCACUUUAGAAGGGACAGCAGAUGUUUGUGGAAACCAUUGAGAGAGGCUUGAUGUGUUUAAAAGGCACCACCUUGAUUUGGGUGUUUCGGUCACUGGAAAAAAAAAAAAAGUAAUCUUAUCAAAUCCAGAAAAAAUCACUUACUGGCUUACAAAGUUACGUGCCCAUGUAUCCUGGACAUAGAUGAAGUAGAGAGGCCUCCUCACCAUUACCCCUGCACUGUGACACUUUUUGGUUGUCACCAGCCAUUUAGAAGAGGCCACGGCCUCCUGGCAGUAUUCCUGAGACCUCGUGGUGGCUCCCAGGGAAGCCCCUGCUGCUUGGCCCUCGCCGUGGGAGAGGGCGGCCCUGUGGGUGCUCCUCCGCUGGGGUCUGCCUGCUUCUCCUGUCGCUGGGCAGUGCCCGCCGCUGUCCCAGACAGUUGGUGGAGAAGUCAGUUCAGGCAGUGGUGUGAAGCCCGAACAUAGUGGUUUCCACCAGUACAGACUGAGACAAGCUGGCCCAGAGGGGAUGGCUGGGGAGAGUUCUCCGUCUGUCAGGAGGCCUGGCAAAAUUUGAUUUCUUAAAAAUCUUUUUAAAUCUGAAGGCCUGUUGUUUAUUGUACCCUGCCCCUUGGAGAUGCCACCAGUGCUGCCUGUUUGUUCUUUUCCUUCUCUCCCUCUUUUUCUUGUCCCACUGUGUUUGGAUCUGUAUUUCUUGAGGCUCGUCACCAGCUGGGAGGUGCAGUGCAUUUCCCCCGAGGCCCCUGCACCUACCAUGAGGGGAGACCCUGGAAAAUUCUGUGCUUUAAGUGUAGCCUUUGGUUCCUGCUCUGUGCCCCUCAAGAGCAUGGGUCUUUGAACAUACUUUUUAAAAACAAAGAAAAAAAUCUGUCACUUGGUGCUUGUUGAUGAAUUGCAAGCUGGCCUUGCAGAUGGAGAUAUUUAUCUUUCAGUUUAUUUGAAAGAGGUCUGGUUUAAAAUUUUGAGCUUAGAUUUGUUUUAUUUAUUUGUGUUUGUGUGUGUGUGUGUGUGUGUGUGUGUGUGUGUGUUUGUAUUUUAAGGGUGAACACACCAGCCCGGUGGUGCAGCUGUCUGGUCAGUGCAGGGAGUGAGGGGCAGCCCGCGUUGCUUUGACUCCUCUGUGACUGUCAGAGGGCCCCGAAGUCCCAACAGAAAAUUAAGAUUGGGGAAGGGGGUUGUUUCCUUCCCUCCUCCUACCCCCACUUCAUAUUUUGACCAAGGGAUGUUGUCUUCUUUGCUUGAGAGUUAAGAAACUUACCACCCAUGGGCUCCAUUUGCCUAGUUUUAUCAUGGAGAUGUCUUACCCUUCAGAAACACACUUUAACAACAGAACCAGAUGAUUUUCUAUUGAAUCAUCAUGUGCUUCCCCCCGCCCCCCGCCCAAGACCCUUAGCCAAAACAUUGCUUCUUGCCACCAGUCUCUUUAGCUCCAAGUGACAGCUGGCCUGUCAGGUCCACAUGGAGCUCAGCGGUCUGUCCUUGUCACUCCCUUGGCUUUCCCCCUGUGGGUCCCUGUCUCACAGAGAAGAACUCUGCUGGAAGGAAGGGCUGGUGUGUUCCCCUCUGUCUGUGUCCCCGGAGGCCAGGCCUCCCUGUCUCUGGGCUUGAAACCAGGGCUCAGUGCUGGUGGGAUCUGCUCUCACACAGCCUCUUCACAAAAGCAUCUAGACACUGAGUUUCUAUACAUAAGUGCACAGCUGGAUUUCAGUUUUAAAGUGUCUUUUACUCCCAGCUAGUCAGUUAUAAAGUUUCAGUUGCCUUGAGUGUUUGGUGGUAGUUUUUCAGAAUGGAGAUUUCCCCUUUACCCACACCCUACUAACUUAAAAUAAUUCGGUCAUGUUCUGGUUGGACAAGUUGAGAAUCAGAGACUCAGAAGGCAGCCUUCCCCCAGGACGCAGCCUCCAGUGAGGGGAGACCACUCGCCCGGGCCCGGGCUUCUCCGCGCCUUGUCCUGUUUCCCCGUGAAGGAGAACUCGGGGAUUUUGUUGUGCUUGGGGAACUUCGGGUUGUUGCUGCUCCUGCUUUUGCUUAUGACCUUGAGGCCUGCUCUGACCUUGAGACCCUCCCUGGUCAGAGUCUAAAGCCCCGUCUGGGUUUCCUUCCCGUGAGAAGGGACUGCCUCCCAGGGCGGCUCACACUCAGUUCCCCGCAGUGCCCCACGCUGGGCAGGCUUGCUUCUCCACCAUGUUCGCAAAGUCAGGUGCCCGAGCUUGUGUUUAGGUUUUGGGGGACAGGUGGAGACACCAGCCAGAGUCCCCAGGUUCCCAGAGUCUAGUGAGUUUCCUGGAAGGAGGCUGCAUCUUCUCUCAAAACUGACUUCAUCUCAGUCGUCAUCCCUGUCGGGGGGGGCGUGUGCACUUUAAACACUCUCAACGGUUAGCUUCACUUUGGAGACAAUCAGCUCUGAUAACUGUUUUCUUUGAGAAUGGAGAGGAGUAAACACGUGCCAGUUGCCAUAGUUCAGCCUUUGCCAACAUUCCAUCCUGUGCCCCGUGAGAGCUGGCUGUGGGGAAGAAAUCCCUGCUGGGAUUUUUUUUUGGAAAGGUAUGAAUCUUACCUUUUUUCCUCUUGUGUCUCAGGGUAAUACCACUAAAUGUUAUUCCUUUGCUGAUAUCCCCCCUUAUUUGUUGUCUUCCCAAGCGCCUAGUAUUAACAGUGGUGAGCACAAGUUUUUAAGACCCUUGGAGUUUGUUGUGCCUUUAUUUGGGGAGUGGGUUUAGAGCAUAGGGAUUUAAUAAGUAAAUUUAAAUAAAAGCACCAUGACCUCAGCAGCCAGGAGUCCAUCCCGAAGGUGCUGUCACAGAAGUGCUUUGUAUUUCAUCUGUUGGCCCCAGAGCUGCUUUUUCCACAGCUGGUUCUUUCUCCCCAGGGAUUUGGUAUCGGCCUUGGAGCUGCAGCUGUCCAAACAGCGUUGAUGGGGGGCCAGUUGUGCUCAGAGGACAGCCAGGCCCUGGGAGGGGAGCUGAGGGAGCCUGUCCUUGUGAGGGGGCUCCAGUGGCCAUAAAGAGGGUGCUUGGAAGGGACCCCAGACACUGCCAGGGGGUGUCGAACCCCCACCCCACCCACCUGGACACUCUUAGAAUGUGGAAGCCCAGGAAAACCCUCCCGAUGGUUGAGGGGAUGUCUGCCUUGCCUUCCUGCAGCAGGACCGGGGGGGACACGCGCCAGUGGUCCUGGGGUCGCGGCCCCGCCUGGCGCUGUGGCUCUGAUGGAUCCUCAGAGACAAAGAAGAGGACAAAGAGUUUGUUUGGGUUUGGUUCUUCAUUUUUCUUUCAAUGUAGCCUAACAUUCCUAGUUAACCAGAGCUUUGGAAUCUGCUGCCUGCUGGCCAGGUUUUAAAAGGAAAAAGCCUUUUAAUGCUGCCAUAGAAGAAGGAAAAAAAAAAAGGAAGGGAAAAAAACAAAGGCUUCUUUCCGUGUACCAGUCUAAUUUAAUUUGUCAAAA